AUGUCGGCACCCGCUGCAGCAGCCCUCCAAAAUGAGCAGAACCUCCUAAAAGAACACGACGCCGUUAUGAACCCAGGGGCUUGCUUCCAUCGUCCCUUCACGGCCUCUUCAUCUUCGCUGCUCGCCAGUUCCCGCAUUACCAGUAGCCGUCCUCACAAGAGCGCCAUAUUGCGUCUGCCCCUGACUCACCUUCGACAAAAGCCCAACCAGCCGCAGCUCCGUUCGGCAUCUACAAUAUCCCCAAAGCUGCACAGUAGCCCCAAAAGCGGUAACCUUCCGCGGCCCCCUGCGUAUAUGGCGGAAGAAACUGCGCCCACGCAGCUCCUGGAGUUGCCAAAACAACCCCCGCACCGCGAGCCGGGCCUGCUGCUUCCACCUCCGCCGCCGAGCCUGCCGCUUCCACCUCCGCCGCCGACUCUUCAGCCCCCGGUGCCCGUGAGCAGGUGCUUGACUUGCAGCAAGUGUUUCCGGACCCACUGGACGACUGAGUCUGUCAUCAAUGCUGCGGUUGCCAGCGACAUAAGAAAUACUCUCCCGCGCUGGAAUCGAGUCGUCUUCCCAGUUUCGGGCACGCCGUGGCAGCUCCCCGCCACGGCCCCCAUCGAGCUUCAAGUACGGCCGUACUGCCUCCUCCACGGUGGACUGGUACAGAUCAUGCACCCUGCCACCCUCAUCACCCCGCUUGAUGCGUUGGCGAUCCAGGCCUCCUCCAUGGAAACAGAAGCCGGUUCCCAACCCUCGGCGGGGCAGUGUGCGCCAGUAGGCACUGGUGACGGGCCCCCGCAUUCCGCGGCAUCGGCGGAAGGGCGGCCGCCUUUCGCUUCCGAAGAUCCUGCGGCCGCCUCUGGGCGCAGGUUCGAGGGUGGUUUGCUACCCAUCCCGGAUCCAUAUCACGCAUAUUCUCCCCAACGUGACGACAAUGGCCGUGAUCUCCACCACUAUACUUUCAGCCGCCCAGAUCAGCACACCGACCUCAAACUGCCUCCGCUGUGGUCAGAAGCCCAGCGAUGGCCCCGUGUCGAACCCGGGAACCUUGGCGGCCCCGCAUACGGACCAGAUCGCCGCUACGAGUACCUCGAGGAACCCAGGCAGGCCUAUGUCCCGUUUUACGAGGCUCCCCACGGCGGCAAUUGGGCUCUGGCCUCCAUCCAGGAACACCAGGGGUCGGCGCUAGUGGCAGCCUAUCCACCACUGAUGACCGCUGCAUACAGUUUUCCCCAGCCUGUCAUCUCCGGCUGGAGAUCGACCUCGGCCCCGUCCGCGAGUUACUCCCAACCCGAGCCCUUGAUGGGGGGCCUUGACAGACGGUGGUCGUGCCACGAGACCAGUCUCGGCACCGGCGACGUCACACCCUGGGGCCUGAGACGGACGUCUAUGUCUUCCCAGUAUCCCCCCCAUUUCUUCCCGGCCGCGCAUCCCUCUUCCGGAGACUAUCAUGUUGCGGGACAGAGCGGUUGA